AAAAAAAGUAAACAAAGUUUUCAAUUUGGAAAUAUACAUUAAGCAAUGGUAAAAAUAGUAAUUUGAAUUAAUUAUGGUACGAGCCAGCAAAUGUAAUUAAAGACGAAGGGCAUCCAUUCCAGCCAUCAACCGCUAGACGAUUCUAUUAGUCCUUCAUGUCAAGGGGGACAUGUCAACGCUUUAGCUUUAAAUAAUGAUUGCAAUCAAAUGUUAUUUGUUUACCUUUGGAAAAGAAGCUGGGAAUGUUUUUGUUGCAAAAAGCGUAAGAAUUAUGAUAAUUUUGCUUUUAAAUGCUUUCUUGAUAACGUAUUGCGUGGAAUUGCUUGAGGCAAAGACAAAGAUGUGGGCGUUAAAUGUGAACGACAUUUUUAAAUGGAACUAAGCGCAAAUGUUUUAGAAGUGUCUGUAAUGUUUGGGAUUGUAAAAUUCAGCAUUUAUAUUCCAAAUUGACAGAUAAGUCGAAGCCAAUCAACUAAUCGAAAUGCAGUACAUAAGCGUUCAGGUUUUUUUUUGUAGACAGUUGUUGUAGCAUAAUUGAAUUUAGAAAAUAUAAAGUAAUAAUAAAAAAAUGGUAAUUGGGCCUUUUCCAGUAGUAAAAUUAGCAUGGUUAGCUAUAAGACAAGUCAGUGAGCCUAUCGCACGACUAAUUAAGGAUGAGGCCAGGCGAAAUCCAUUCUUUCGCAACAAUAUUUGUAUGCCGCCAGCCCAAGUUUACCAUUGGGUUGAGGUAAACAUGAAGAUGUGGGGUGUAAAUUUAGGACGGCCGGUACAAGUUCCACCUUUGGACGAAGCCACAGCUAUAGAUUUGGGUGCAAAAGUUUUAGGAGAACUUUUCAUUUUUGCCGUUGGUGCCCUAGCAUUACUAUACGAGCAUAUCCGACAAUUAAAAAAGGAAGCUAGAAGAGAAAAAAAUCUGGAAUUGGAAAAGGUCGAGCUGAGGAAUCGUGUGGCCGAAUUAAAUUUUCGCGUAGAACAAAAAAAAGCUCAAUUGAGCGAAAUAAGCGGAAUAUUAGUGGAAUUAGUGUUAAAACCAAAGGGAAUUAACAGCUUCGAAGGCCUAGAAGCAGUACAAACUGAGUACAAAAAGCAAGACAAUAAAUUAAAGAAAAAAUGAGCUGCAAUUAAAGUUUAUUUUUAAAAUCAAAAAGAAAAAGUGUACAAUUUCUCAAUUUACUGCUUUUGCCAUGAAAUGAAGAAGAAGGAGGCAAGUCGG